AUGAAUGUUAAUAUAGAAACGCAUACAGAGAAAUUAAAUGAUGAAACAAAUCAAUGUGAGUCAUCCAUAGAUUCAGAUGAAUCGGCUUCACUUCAAGAAAAACAUACAUUUCGAAGUAUCGUGACUUCAGGAUAUAAAUGGUUGUGUUCUCCUAUUCGAACAUGGUGUAAAAAGACGAAAGCAGCUAAACUAUCUGUUACUAUCGACCAUAGUUUGUUAAAUAACAAUUACAAUCACGUGAACGGAUGUAUGAAAUAUUUUACAUUUGGCGUUCAAUUUACAAAUGGUAUGUUUUGUUUUGCCAUAUUUAUCGUCGGUCUAUGGAGUUCAUUUGAACAGCGAAUAAUCAAUCGUAUGUCUGUUGCAAAACAAAUAUCGCAUGAAUCAAAUUUGAAUAUAUUCAACCAUAUUGGUAUUGCUUUAUCUAUUUUUGGUAUUUCAUGUAUCAUUUUAUGUACAAUUAGCAGUUUGGGAAUUAUAAGAGAAAAUUUAACAUUAUUACGCAUAUCACUUACUGGACAAUUUAUUGCAUUGAUAAUAUUCUUUGUUUUGGUAGUCACAUUUUUAGCAGUAGAAAAACAUUUAUCAUAUUAUAUUUCAAAAGUAUUAAUGACAGGAUUAACAAAACGAUAUCAUAUUGACGAUACGUGGAGAAAAAUAUUAGAUAAUCUUCAAACAAUGUAUCAAUGUUGUGGCGUAUUCAUGUUUGGUGAUUGGAAUGACAAUCCCAAUUUUACUUGUACAAGCAAAAAUAUAUUAAUUAGUCCAGAUGCAUGUGCCGUACCUUUUACUUGUUGUAAAACAGGCAAUAAAACAGCUUUGAGAAAGAAACAUCUAGUUGUUAGUGAAAUAUUUCCAAUAGUAUGUUUUUUCUAA